UUAUUUAAUCAAGGAUGUAAACUACAUACAUUUCCUUCUGUACUUUUAUUGUUCAGAAUUUCAGACUUCACCUUUGCAUUUGAUAAUUGAAUGCAAAUGUACUAUUUUUGUCAUAUUCAUAAUCUUUUUUAUGUUAACCAAAUCUGAUCUAAAAUCCUGGCCAAAAUGUUGUCCUCCUUGGUGGCUUUUGUUCCUCUGUGUCUUUUGUAGGGCUCGCACUUGCUCAGUGGAGCACAGCGUUUAAGUGGGCCACAGGGGAGAGCCUGAAUGGCGCCAUGCAGACCCCUGAAGCGGGCGCUGACUCCACCUCCACUGUCCCCCUUCAGACCACUGUGCCUGUUCAGCCUGCAGGCUCCUCCCAGCAACAGGCCCAGACUGUUCAACAGGUUCAGCAUGUUUACCCAGCACAGGUGCAGUAUGUGGAGGAAAACAGUGGGGUUUACACCAAUGGAAACAUAAGAUCUUACACAUACUCAGAGACGCAGCUGUAUAGCCAGAACAGUGGAGGGAGCUAUUUCGACACCCAGGGGAGUUCACCACAAGUGUCCACAGUGGUCACAUCUCAUGGCCUGACCAACAAUGGAGGAGGUGGCAAUGGAGGCAUGAGCAUAGGCCUGACAGGGGCUCAGGUAAUCAGCAGCACUUCUGGGGGCUACCUCAUGGACAACACUGGAUCCCACACUGCGACCCAAGCUGCACGAGCUUCCCCAGCCACUAUUGAAAUGGCGAUUGAGACGCUCCAAAAAUCUGAAGGUUUAUCCAGUCAGAGAAGUUCGCUGCUGAACAGCCAUCUUCAGUGGCUUCUGGACAAUUAUGAGACGGCUGAGGGCGUCAGUUUACCACGUUCCACACUCUACAAUCACUAUUUACGCCACUGCCAGGAGCAGAAACUGGACCCUGUCAAUGCAGCCUCUUUCGGCAAACUCAUUCGUUCAAUCUUCAUGGGACUACGCACAAGGCGCCUUGGGACCAGAGGGAAUUCCAAAUACCAUUACUAUGGUAUACGUGUGAAGCCUGAUUCUCCACUCAACAGACUUCAAGAAGACAUGCAGUAUAUGGCUCUUAGACAGCAGCCUGUUCAGCAGAAGCAACGAUUUAAGCCAGUGCAGAAGUUUGACACCAGCUCCGGGGACAGUUAUUCAGGAGGAGGCCAGCACCAACCUGGGGUGGCAGAGCAGACAGUUAUUGCACAGAGCCAGCACCACCAGCAGUUUUUAGAUGCAUCUCGAGCACUACCUGACUUUAUCGAGCUGAAUCUUGGACAGAGUAAUCUUGAAAAUAUCAGUCAAGAGGAUGUGAAGGCGCUACAAUCACUUUACCGAGAGCACUGCGAGGCUAUCUUGGAUGUGGUUGUAAACCUUCAGUUCAGUCUCAUUGAGAAGCUGUGGCAGACAUUUUGGCGUUAUACUCCUCCUGAUUCAGCAGAGGGUGCCACAGUAACAGAAAACAGCAGCAUAAGUGAGAUUGAAGGCCGACUCCCACGUUCACAGCUGAUAGUUCUGUGUCGAAAUGAAUCUGUUCUAAAAUGGAUGAGCACCUGCGACCAUCUCAUGUACCAGGCCCUUGUUGAGAUUCUCAUUCCUGAUGUCCUGAGACCAAUUCCCAGUGCCUUGACUCAAGCCAUUCGUAACUUUGCCAAAAGCCUGGAAGGUUGGCUGACUAAUGCCAUGAAUGCCAUUCCACAGAGAAUGAUACAGACCAAGAUUGCCGCUGUUAGUGCCUUUGCACAAACUUUGCGCAGAUACACAUCCCUUAACCAUCUGGCUCAGGCAGCACGUGCUGUUCUGCAAAACACCUCCCAAAUCAACCAGAUGCUAAGUGAUCUUAACCGAGUGGAUUUUGCCAAUGUGCAGGAGCAGGCCUCAUGGGUGUGCCAGUGUGAGGAAGGAGUGGUGCAGCACUUGGAGCAGGACUUCAAAGCCACGCUGCAGCAACAGAGCUCUCUGGAGCAGUGGGCUGCUUGGCUGGACAACGUGGUCACUCAAGUGCUCAAGCCCUUUGAGCAUCGGCCUAGCUUCCCCAGAGCUGCCCGACAAUUUUUACUUAAGUGGUCUUUCUACAGUUCUAUGGUAAUCAGGGACCUGACCCUGCGCAGUGCUGCCAGCUUUGGCUCAUUCCACCUGAUCCGUCUGCUCUAUGAUGAAUACAUGUUCUACUUGGUGGAGCACCGUGUGGCCCAGGCCACAGGGGAGACGCCAAUUGGUGUCAUGGGCGAAGUAUGUUCACGUUAUUUAAAUAGUCCUUAUCCAGAAUCUGAUUGUUGGACAUUGAUUGAUGAACUGUACCUGUGGUUUCAGUUUGACAGUCUGAACAGUUUAACACUCACAAACAUUGACAAAGAUGAGACAAGUGGAAUGGACAGUGACUUGGAGGACGACACAGACACUUGUGGUGAACCUUUAGCAAAGCGGGAGAGGUCUGAGCAUGAAGUGAUCCAGGUGAUCCAAGUGGGAGCCUUGGAGGAUGGCUCUCACCCUGUGGUGGGGGUGGUCCAGCCCGGUGUUCUGCACUCACUGCCCCAGCCUCCUCCAGACCACAGUGAACACAUCCUAACCCCAUCAUCUGCGACACCCACUAUUCGCCACUGCAGCGCCACGGGCAACACCUAUGCCUCUGUUUGAACAUGUUGGGGCCGACCUUUUAUGCUGUCUCACUAAUUACAUAUCUCUUCUGUAUACAUGUUUGUGUGUCUUCAUGCUCUGUCUGUCUGCACUUGUGGGGGAACUCUCUUUCAGUUCAGCCUAGUCACGUGAGGACUGCUGACUGUUAAGCCACAUUGUACUGUCCAUGUCCAACUGCUCUGUUUCUGGAUGUGGUGUUGUCUAGCAGUCCUGUGCUCUUAUAUAGUGUGCCAGCCCUUGGGAAAGACUUGGAGGAAAAGGAAAGUUUCACCCCUAAAAUGUGAGCUCAAAUCCAUGUCACUAGUCCCAGGGAAGUAAAGUCAUUCACUCAGUCAUUAUUUCAUAACAUUUCUUAUCAUGUGCUUUUCCUGUAUUUGAAUUGGUAUUACCCCAAAUCAUGGUGCUAUUGCUGUUCUUUUUUGCAGUCCAUUCUCAUUUUGGAAGCAUUCAUAACAAGCAUACUAACAUGCAACUGUUGGCUGAAAUGAAAAUGAGUAUUGCAUGUAGCCAACAAAGAAAACUGGGUGGGUAGAAAAAAUACUGAUGGGGUUGUCGUUGGUUGUCACUUGCUAGUAACUGUUGAUAGCUUUUAGCAAGAGGAAGAGCUUAAAUGUGUGCUGCUUUUUUAAGUGUACAUACGAGUGGGAUUGGACAGACUGACUUUCUCUAUGCUAGCUUUUUUAUGCAUUUGAUGCAUAACGCUUGCCUUUUGUUAUUUCAAUGCUCUGUAGUGUGUACUGGGCAUGUUUCUGUUACUUGUGAUGUUAUUUAAGGACCAAAAACAACCCAUCCAGGAAGGAGAGCUGUUUCCUGUCCCAUAGUGCCAUGUUGCAGAGCAAAACGAAUGUCAGGGAUUAUAUGUACCUCGGCUUUAUCAUAGUGCCUUAUCCUAAAAUGCAGCUGUCCUUGAGUGCUGUCUGUCUGGUGCAGAGUCCACUGCCUUUCUGUGUCGUCCCAGCCACACGUUUGGCUUUCUGGUGACUUGUGGCUGGAUUUGGGCUGGCUCAUUAGUGUUGAGACCUAGGGAUGGGCUCUCUUCUCUUGACCAGCACUACAAAGCUUCAACAUAUCUGAUUCUAAAUCCUGUUUUUAGCCUUGUUCCUGCCCCCACUCUGCCCUCUUGAGGCCUGUUCUUGCAUUUGUCUUUUGUUAAGGGUGAAGUGUAAGUACGUAUGUGUGUGCGUUUGUUGACUGUACUUGUGUGUUUGAACACAUCCAUCAGUCGCCCUACCUCAAACCAGUGGUGCCAGCCCUUUGACGCGUGCAGAACACUCUCCUGACCUUAUUGUGCACAUCAGCAUUGCUUUUCUUAGACCUUUGACAAUGUUUUCAUUUGACAUUUAUCCCUUCACAAACUUCAACAUUUCUGUUGGAUGAUCUUUGUAAACUGGAUCAAACAUAGAUAUUUUCUGAUAUUAAUUCAAAGAGAUAUAUAGAAUCUUAUAUAUAUAUAUAUAUAUGUAUAGUAUAAGAAAUGAUAACCAUUGCAAAUAUAUGUUUCUUUUUAUGUGGA